AUGGCUGAAGCACCGGGCACACCGCCUCCCACAACCGCACCCGCAGCCGGUGUCGCAUCCGCAGACCCGGCACCGACGACGAGUCCAUCGCGAGUCGUUCCGGCGGUGGCUAUUGAACCAGCUCAGCAGGAUGACCCCGUUGAAGCCGAUGAGGGAUUUGCAAGCGAUAACGACUCUUCGAUUGAUGAUAGAAUUUCGAGUUACACCGCGUCCCUAUCAUCCAGCGUCAUCGACUACCCGGAAGAAUAUGGCCGUCGCUAUCAUGCAUUCAGGCCGGGUUCGUAUUCGUUCCCGAACGACGAGGUCGAAAUGGAGCGCCUCGACAUGGCUCAUGCCAUGAUGGUGAGGGCGAUUGGAAGCAGGCUCUGGCUGGCCCCGCUGGCCAAGGAGAAGGUCCAUCGUAUCCUGGAUAUCGGUACGGGUACUGGAAUCUGGGCCGUUGAGAUUGGUGACAUUUUUGAGAACGCCGAGUCUCGGCAUGAAUCCCUCUCUGAUGAUUCCAAAGCUCACUCUUCUUCUCUGGACUCUAGGGUACCCCCGAACGUCAAGUUUGAGAUUGACGAUGUCGAGAGCGAAUGGGUCGGCGUUAAAAAGUACGACUUCAUCAUGUGCCGCUACAUGGCCGCCUCCAUCCAGGACUGGCCGAAGCUGAUCGCCAACAUUUACGACAACCUCAACCCAGGAGGCUGGGCCGAGUUCCAAGAUAUGAGCACAGAAUACUACUCCGACGACGGCAGCUACAAACCCGAACACGCAACCUACGAAUGGAAUCAGACCUUUGUCGAAACCCUCGACAAGAUCGGGCGCGAUCCCCGGCCCGGACCGAAGCUCGAGGGCUGGGUGCGCGGGCACGGCGGGUUCGAGCACGUGGCGCACCACAAGUUCAAGACGCCCAUCGGGCCGUGGGCGCGGCACCGGCAUUUCAAGGACCAGGGGUUGCUGAACUUGGCGCAGAUUCUUGAGGGGUUGGAAGGGUUCUCGUUGAAGCUGCUGUGCGGUGUUUUGGGGAGGAGUAAGGAGGAGGUGUUGGUGCAGCUUGCGGAGGUGAGGAGGGAGUUGAAGACGGGGGUUUUUCAUGCUUUGUUGGAUUUGCAUGUGGUGUAUGGGCAGAAACCUGCUCUACCGGCUGCUACAGCGGGGACUGAGUAA